AUGAAAUUGGAAAUCACAGAAACCACUACUGAGACCAGCAAUUCAGGUACUACUAACAAGGUUGAAACAACCAUCACCAAAGCCAUUGUUGCCACUGAGACUCAAGCUGUUGAGGAAUCCAAGACUGCUACUAGAGAAGUCAGGACGGAGGGGGGUGCCAGCAAGAAGAGUAUCAUGUCCCAAUUUAUAUCUUCUGUGACUACCUCCAUCUCUGGGAAACCUAAGAAAUCAUUUUAA